AUGGUGCAUGGCCUGGAUGAACUCGCUCGGGCGGGCGAGCAACAGGAGAAGAUAACCAUUGUGUUCCUGACUCUUGCAUGGUUCUUCAUCACAUUGAGAACAUGGACUCGCACGUGGAUCAUCACGAGCUUUGGUUGGGAUGAUGCGACUAUGAUUCUGGCUGGUAUGAUCUUCACAGUCUACUCUGGAUCGCAGCUGUACAUCGAGGCAAAUGGCGGUGGCACCCACGUCACAAGCCUGGAAGGACUACAGAAACUCACAAAGGCAAGCAUCUCUCAGCACUCUCGACAGCAGACCUGA